AUGGAGCCUCGAGCGCGUGCCGGCAAGAAUGUCGGCAAGAUGAACUUCAGCCAUGCAGAGUUGGCACAGCUACUCUACGCACACGGCGAUGUUCAAAACCCACUCCCAGAAACCGUGCGGGUACUCGACGAAAUCCUCACCGACUUCAUGCAAUCCAUCGCCUUCGAGGCGACACGAGCGGCUAAUUAUUCAGGCCGCCAAAAGAUCAAAUACGAAGACUUUGAGUUCGCGUUCCGUAAGAAUCCCGCGUUCCUGGGCAAAGUGCAAGAGGUAUUCGAGAAGCAAAAGGAGAUCAAGAAGGCUCGUGAAAUUUUGCGAGAUGGUGAGGACGAGAUCAUGAAGGAUGCUGCGGACGAAGAGAAAAAGCGAGAGAAAUCAGAUACAAGGACGGGAGGAGCAGUGGGAGCCGCGACGUCAAGGGUCGAAGAGGAGUUGGGUGAAGCUGACGAUGAUGCCGAGGCGGAGCUCGAUGCUUUGGGUAAGAAGCGUUGA